AUGGCUCGCAAGUCCUCGGGGUCCGCUUCUAGCCCUCGUCUUCCUCCGCUCCAACCUGCCGCCAACCACACCUCCGACUUCACCGCCGCCGACACCCCCUCGCUGUCGACGCCCUUCAAGCUCGACGAGGGUUACUCCGAUGAGACGAAAACUCAAGUCGAAAAGAAGGACCUGGCGAUUCCCGCGUCAGAUGAGUGGAUGACGCUCCAAGAGUGGGUUCUCACGCACAGCGAGGCGGAAAGAGCUGAGCUGGCCUAUAACCUUCUUCGCACCAUGCGCGCAUCCACCGUGGCCUCCGUGAUCGAGCGCCUGGCGCCGCGCCUGCACUUGGAUCCGGUACUGAAACUCCCGCCCGAGAUCACCUCCGAGAUCUUCUCCUACCUCGACCCACAAACACUGCUGAUGGCUUCCCUGGCCUCCCGUGCCUGGCGCAAUCGCAUUUCGGACUCGCGCCUGUGGAAAGACCUCUACAUCAACGAAGGCUGGAGGGUGGAUAUGGACGCUGUCCGCACGUUUGAGCAGGAAUACUCGGGACUUUCAUCGCCACAGUUACGGAAAUCCCGCUCGAGGCAUACCGACCCGGAUAGUGGGGAGCCGAAGCAGAAGAAGCGGGUACCACCUAGCUGGUUGAACUCACGGACAACUGGAUCGCUCGGUCGGAAAACGAGGCCGGAAAACGGGCAAAGGCAUGCUGCGCAGGAGGCAGAUAGUGAAGGCGACCUUCCCAUGGGAGAUGUGUCCACCGAGAGGAGGACGUUGUUCUCUCCGGAAGAGCAAACGACAAGCCCGAGCAAACGGCGUGAAUCUCACCCCGGAUCGACUCAGCUCAAACUCGGUGGACAUGGAUUGUCAGCAGCUACGCGCCGUCCAAAUUCAUCGCUUCUGAUCCGGAUGCCCAAUGGCGCGGCCAAAGUCAACUGGCUCCACCUCUACAGGCUACGAAGAAAGCUGGAAGAAAACUGGGCCAAAGGCCGUUUCACAAACUUUCAACUACCACAUCCGGCACACAUGGAAGAGGCCCACCAGGAGUGCGUCUACGCGAUCCAAUUCACCGGCAAAUGGUUGGUCAGUGGCAGUCGGGACAAAACCCUAAGAGUCUGGGAUCUAGACACGAAGCGCCUGUGGCACCCACCUCUGCUGGGCCAUACAAAGUCGGUCCUUUGCCUACAGUUCGAUCCUCGUCCCUCGGAGGAUAUCAUCAUCUCGGGCAGCAGCGACAAAAGCGUCAUCAUCUGGCGAUUCUCCACCGGCGAGAAGCUCCAUGAGAUCGCAGCCGCCCAUGAUGAUUCCGUCUUGAAUCUUCGCUUCGACGAGCGGUAUAUUGUCACCUGCUCCAAGGACACGCUCAUCAAGGUCUGGAGCCGACACCAGCUCUCCCCAGCCGACAAGGACUACCCUAGCAUUCUCGCCCCGUUCUCCCUCCUGAUGACCAUAGACGGCCACACCGCCGCCGUGAAUGCCAUCCAGCUCAACGAGGACGAGAUCGUCUCCGCGUCGGGGGACCGGCUGAUCAAGGUCUGGAACCUCCGCAACGGCGCCUGCAAGAAAAUCGUCAUCGGCCACGAGAAGGGCAUCGCCUGCGUGCAGGUCGACAACCGCCGGAUCAUCAGCGGGAGCAACGACGACACCGUCCGGAUCUUCGACCACGCCUCCGGCGCCGAAGUCGCCUGCCUCCACGGCCACGGCAAUCUGGUCCGGACCGUCCAAGCCGGCUUCGGCGACCCGCCCGGCGCGGAGGAGACUCUCCGCCUCGAAGCCCUCGCCGUCGACAACGCUUUCCGCGACGCGCAGCGCUCGGGGGCCAGCGUCGACCUCGGGCCCCGCGCCCUCCGCCGCGCCGGCUACACGCAGAACACCACCGGCUCCCGCGACCCCCGGGACAUCAAGGCCCUGGGCGCGAAGAUCCCCCCCGGCGGCGGCGGCAGCCGGUGGGCGCGCAUCGUCUCCGGCUCCUACGACGAGUCCAUCAUCAUCUGGAAGAAAUGCAAGGAAGGCCGCUGGGUGGUCGGCCAGCGCCUGCGACAGGAGGACGCAGCUACCAGCGCCGCCUACGUGGUCUCCGACCCGGCCGCCCGCGCUGCUACCGCUCGAUCGAACGCUUUCGCCCAGCAGCAACACCUCCAAAACCCUGGCGCAGCAGCAACACAGGGCCAACAAGCCCCCACAGCCCCAGCCCCAGCCUCAACCUCAGCAUCCCAAGCACCCCAAGCAGGAGGAGGAGGAGGACCCCUCCAAACCCUCCAAGCCCUAACAGCCCGCCUAGCCGGCCAACCCCAGCAGCAACCGCAACCGCAAGCAAACCCAACGCCCAGAGCCCAGCCUCAACAAACCCAGCCCCAGCCCCCCAUGAACGGCAUCAUCAACCCAGCCCUCCACCAACCUCCCCAUCUCCCAGCACAACAACAACAACAACAACAACAACAACAACAAACCCACCCCCGCCCGCGCCACCACCCGCGCCACGACCGCGACGCAAGCGUCGUCCCCACCUCGCGCGUCUUCAAGCUCCAAUUCGACGCCCACAAGAUCAUCUGCUCGAGUCAGGACCCGCGCAUCGUCGGCUGGGACUUUGUCGGCGACGACGAGGAGCUGCGCGAGGCCUGUCGGUUCUUCAUGUGUCUGUGA